CCGACAUUAUACUGAUUACAGCAAUAAUCUCCUGCUUAAUAUUAUACCCAUAAACAAGUAUUAUAAAGAAUCCAACUUUCUUGUUGAAAAAGAAGAAAAGAUUCUGCCUUUCUGUAAACUCCUCUAAAAAAAUCUCACCAAGACUAGUUGAUGAACAAUAGUUUCUUAGCUGGUACAUGGGUUUCAAGAAAAUGGCUUUAAUCACUCAUUUACCCAAACAAGAACAGACCUUUUUUAGUUUUCUAGCUGUAUCAGUGUUAUUGUUCUUAUGUUGGGGUGUUAUUGAGGUGGAAUCUGGUAUUGGGGUUAACUGGGGCACUAUAUCUUUGCACAAAAUGUCACCUUUUACUGUUGUGGAUCUUCUUAAACAAAACAAGAUUCAGAAAGUGAAGCUUUUUGAUGCAGAUCCAGCUGUGAUGAAGGGUUUAAUGGGGAGUGGGCUUGAAGUUAUGGUUGGGAUACCAAAUGAUAUGUUGGCUGGUCUUAGUUCUUCUACUUCUGCUGCUGAUUUGUGGGUAGCUCAAAAUGUUUCAAGAUAUAUGGUUAAAGGAGGUGUUAAUAUCAAGUAUGUUGCAGUUGGUAAUGAGCCUUUUCUUACAAGUUAUUCUGGUCAGUACCAAUCAUACGUUGUCCCAGCUAUGACGAAUUUGCUACAGUCCUUGGCCAAAGCAAAUCUUGCUAGGAAUGUAAAGCUGGUAGUCCCAUGCAAUGCCGAUGCCUAUGAGUCUUCCCUUCCAUCACAAGGAACCUUCAGACCCGAAUUGACUCCGAUCAUAACACAGAUGGUUUCACUUCUGAACUCAAAUGGUUCACCAUUCGUGGUAAAUAUUUAUCCAUUCCUCAGCCUAUAUGGAAACUCAGACUUCCCUCAAGAUUAUGCUUUUUUUGAAGGGACAACACAUGCUGUGACCGACGGGCCUAAUGUCUACUAUAACGCGUUUGAUGGAAAUUUAGACACUUUAAUAGCUGCCCUUGCAAAAAUCGGAUAUGGUCAGAUGCCUAUAGUUAUAGGAGAGGUAGGUUGGCCUACUGAUGGAGCCCUCGGUGCUAAUCUUACAGCUGCAAGGGUUUUCAACCAAGGCCUAGUGAAUCAUGUUCUCAGUAACAAAGGAACUCCUCUUAGGCCACAAGUCCCCCCUAUGGAUGUUUAUCUUUUCAGUCUUCUCGAUGAAGGUGCAAAAAGUGUGCUCCCGGGUAACUUUGAAAGACACUGGGGGAUUUUCUCCUUCGAUGGCCAGUCGAAAUAUCCGUUGAACCUCGGAAAUGGUCUAUUAAAGAAUGCAAAAGAUGUUGAGUAUCUUCCAUAUAGGUGGUGUAUUGCAAACCCUUUGAAAGAUCUUGCUGAAGUAACCAACCACGUUAGACUUGCUUGUAGUUAUGCAGAUUGCACAACGCUUAACUAUGGAGGAUCGUGUAACGAAAUUGGAGCAAAGGGUAAUAUAUCAUAUGCAUUCAACAGUUACUAUCAGCUCCAAAAGCAGAAUCCGCGGAGCUGUGAUUUUGAUGGGCUUGGGAUGGUUACUUUCUUGAAUCCUUCGAUCGGAAAGUGCAGAUUUCUUGUUGGGGUUAGUGAUUAUGCUUCUUCAUCAGGUUUUAGGUUGCAGAACAGUUGGAUAUCAGUGUUAUUGAUUCUUCUUUGGGAUGCUUGGUUAUUCUUGAUGUGAAAACAUGAAAGUAUACUACAUAGGAUAGGUUCUAUAGUGAUGUUAAAAAGUCAUUUCAGAAGAAAAAGUAGCUAUGAGUAUUUUGUGUGUACAACUUAUGUACCAAACUUUGAUGAUUUAUACU